GGGCCCCACCUUUCAUUGAGACAAACAGGCGCCCCGUAUCAAUCUCUUCUUCACGCUGGGCUGGACUGGAUCCCCUUCGCCUCUGCCUCUGAGCGCCUCCCCCUCUCUCCCUCCCUCUUCCUCCCCAAACGAGAAGAGGGCACGCCGCACGCCGCCGCCGGUGAUCGAGAGGGGACUAGCCUUCCCUUGCGUCGCGUCGCCUCCUCCUUCCUCACGCCAGAAGAAGCAUCGUCAUCAUCAGCUCAGCAGCAGCCAUGUUCGGCUCCACCAACCCAUUUGGGCAGUCAUCAACCAGCCCAUUUGGCCAGAACUCAUUCGGAACCCAGCAGGGAUUCGGCCAGGCUACCCCUGCUGCUAGCAACCCCUUUGCGCCAAAACCAUUUGGCAGCCCAACCACAACUUUUGGGGCACAGACUGGAAGCUCACUUUUCGGCACUACAUCCACUGGUGCAUUUGGCCAGCAGCAGUCCACUCCUACAUUUGGCACUACAUCCACUGCUGCGUUUGGCCAGCAGCAAUCCACUCCCACGUUUGGCACCCCGUCCUCCUCUCUGUUCGGGAGCUCUCCAGCUUUCGGUGCAUCGCCCACUCCUGCCUUUGGUGCUACAUCCUCUACCUUUGGCUCUGGAUCUUUAUUUGGACAAAAGCCAAGCUUCGGGGGUUUUGGAUCAUCUCCUAGCCAGUCAAGUCCUUUUGGUAGCACGUUCCAGCAAACACAACCGACAUUUGGCAGCAGCACUUUUGGUACAUCAACUACACCGACAUUCGGUACCACAACUACGCCGGCAUUUGGUGUAACUACACCAGCCUUUGGCACCACAACUACACCGGCUUUUGGCGCCACGACCACCCCAGCAUUUGGUUCCACAGCGCCAUCUUUAUUUGGUGCUUCUAGCACCCCGGCAUUUGGUUCAUCAGCUCCUGGUUUUGGAACUUCAGCGACCACAGCAUUUGGUUUUCCUCUGGUAGUUCUCCCUUUGGAACAACAUCACCUUUCGGUGCAGACUCCAGCAUUUGGCUCACAGACAGCAGCACCCGCUUUUGGGCAAGCACAAUUUGGUAAUCAAGCUGGAGGGACUAGAAUAAAACCUUAUGCUCAAACACCAGAUGUUGACGGUACUACCAGUGGUACUCAGCCUGCUGCAAAACUUGAUUCCAUAUCAGCGAUGCCUGAAUACAAAGACAAGAGUCAUGAAGAAUUGAGGUGGGAAGAUUACCAGCGCGGAGACAAGGGCGGACCAAACCCUUCUGGAACUCCAACAGUGACGCCUACCUUUCCAUCAUCAACACCACCGAAUACUUUUACAACAAGCAGUCUAUUUAGCCAAACUACUCCAAACCCAUUUUCAUCAAACAAUCCAUUUGCUAAGAAUGGUUCAACUAGCGCAUCACUAUUCAACACCUCAUUUAACAAUACACCAGUUGCAAGUUCGAGCCCAUUCACAUCGUCCACUAGUACCACAAUGUUUGGACAAACAGGUGUUUCUGCAUUUCCAGCAGUAGUUCACCAUCUUUGUUUCCAAAUACUGCUCCUGCUUUUGCUUCAUCUUCGUUGUUUGGCACAUCAACAACACGUAAUUCAAGUCUAUUCGGCACUGGCUUGUUGUUGGCUAACACUCAAUCAGCCCCACUAUUUCAAUCUUCCCCUGCAUUUGCACAACAGCCAUCGAGUACACCAGCUUUCUCCUCUGGAAACCUAUUUAGCACACCUAAUACUGGCAGUCUGUUUGGCAGCGGACCUUCACUUUUUACAAUGCCAACAUUUCAACAACCUGCCCCUACUCAAACACCAAACAUGUUCUCCUUCCAACCUCCGCCUCAACCAGCUUCUACAAGUGGAUUUCCUGGUUUUUCCAACACAGCUAAUCAGGCCCUCAUUGGACCGCAAACUCCUAGCCAAUCCAAUAUGGUCAUGCAACCUGCUCCUGUUUCGAAUCCAUUUGGGACACUUCCAGCAAUGCCUCAGAUGUCCAUUGGGAAUGGUGGAUGAUCUCCUUCGGUUCAGUAUGGAAUAUCAAGUUUGCCAACCCCCCCCCCCCCCCCCCCCAACACACACACACACACCAACCACAUUUUCUUUAUAACUCACAAGCUAAAGUACAAGGUUUAUGGAAAAAAAUGCACAACAAUUUCCUAAUAGUCAAACAUGCAGACACUACAGCAGCAGCCUCCCACCGCAUCCAAAUAAUAAACGCCUCUACAUAAGCAAACUCUGCACCAGUGUUUAUACGCAAAGCAAGAGUUUGGCAAUACAAUAAAAGCAAAGUGCUAAAUACAUCCUGAAUGUUGUUUUCAAAAUUUUCACACUUCCAUUAUAGUAUUAAAGCUAAUUUUCUCAUACAGAAGAAAACUUUAUUGUAUGACACUUGCCAAUAUAAUUCAUUUGGUACACAGAUAUAACUGUCACUGGUGGCAAAGUAAGAAAGACACCAAAGACAGAAUGCUCAUUCCAUAUGCAGUCUUCUCUGCAAACUAAUACUUGAUAGUAAUGUAGAAUGGAACAUUUGAAACUGUAAAAGGAAGUUUACAAAAAGAAUAAUAAAAAAACUACAAGAUGUCCACAACAGUAUAGUACAAAUGAUAAAUAUCACUGGAUACAUCAGCAGACACCAUGAACAAAAAGCUGCAGCAAUGAGAAAGUACUGAUGAUAAAUUUAUUCCAGAUAACGUGUAAAUUACCAAACUAGUCACUUAUAUCAAGUGCAGACCUGUUGUACAAUAUGCAUUUUAAGAAGUAGCUAGUGCAACUAUUACCUAUUCUUUCUGUUCUGUUCCAAAAUUAGACUUGCCUGUGCUUAACAAGUACAAUUUCCACUAAAAAAUAGUAACUUUUAUUUAGAGUCCUUUUUACUUUUGAAUGUAUUUGCCCAACCUACCACAACUGUGGGUGGCAAAUUGCCUGAGGAACAAGCAUUUGCGUUUCCUUCCCAUUUUUAAGUGGCAAGAAGAAAAGGUAAUGCAGCAACAUAAAAUUUAACAUGGUUCAUGAAAAAAAGUAGUGACGCCAAAGAUCACAGUUUAUUAAAGAAUAACAGGUACGUGAAUCACUCAAUGUUUGAUAUUGAAAUUGAAAGAAGUCACCACAUCCAUGUCUAAAACAGUUUGUAUGAAAGAUGACAGAGUGGAUCCUUCCAUGGAAAUAUUUCUAAAACACGAUAACUAUUGCUGCCCAACACUUAAUUUACAUUAACAUGCUCUUACCACCAUGGAGAAGAUAACGACAAAAAAAAAUAUCAAAAGGGCGCAGCGAUAAGCAACUGCCAAAGCGUGCAGCUGGCAAACAAAUUCACCUCAUGCUUAACAAACAUUAUGAUAGCUCGUACAUCUCACCAGAGCUGCUGUACCAUGCACCUUCCUAUUCUGCGCAGAAGUGUCUCACAUAAACCUGUCACAUACCACAUGAUCACCUUUAGUGUGCAUGCUCUCAUCCAGCAUACAAAGAUGCAUGUAGUUAUGCAGGAUGGGUCUUCUCACUUCAUCGAUAGUCAGAUCUUAAAAAAGAGAUUUGAUCUUGGUGGGUAAGCUUCCUAGAAAUGUCAUAAGCCAAAUAACUGCAGACAUCUGUACAAAAUUAUGAUCCUGAGCUAUCAACUUCCUUUUACUCAACUUGGUUAUUAUCUUAUCAGUAGAACUUUGUUACCCAAAAUUAGUUAUGUUAGCAGCAUUAGUAUUAUCAUCACUCGAGGUAGUCACCUCAGAAGUCAAUGGGAGCCUAGUCAUGGUCAACAAAGUCAGUAGAGUGAACAAGGUUCAUAUGGCAAAUCCCCCAAUAGCCUGCAUAUCAAUUUAGUACUAUUCUAGAUAAAUAGUCUUACGGUGCUCAUCAGCAAAGUCAAUAGGGUUAGCAUUAAGGAUUGUUGUCAACAAGGUGUUGAAAAGCACACAUCAGAUGCCUCAAUGACCACUGUUCCCAUCACACAAUCAUAGAUGUUAGGGUAAACUCAUCGUGCAUAGGUUCCAAUCAUCUGCUAUAGGUUAGUUCCAUCCUCUUUUCUUUUGCCCGAGUUAGUAGAGUAUCUAGUGUUGUGACACCAGUCUUUGGAUCGGAGGGUAAUAGAAGAGUCAUGGGGUCAGCCUUAUCAUGAUCAACUAGUUCCAUCCUCUUCCUCUUGCCCAAGUUAGUUACAGUGUUAUCCGAGUAUCCAGUACUGUGACCAGCAUCCUUUGGAUCUUAGGGGAACAUAAGAGUCAUGGGUCAGCCUCAUCUUAAUCAACAAAACAUGUAGGCUGCCUGGGCUUAUUUGGCAAAGUUAGUCCUAUUCCUCAUAGACAGUCUCCUCAGGUAACAACGGCCUAUGUUGAUGUCGAGCCAUUUCUAGUACCCUUCAGAUCUACAUAACGCUUGGACUACAUGCAGAUACAUAGGUAACUUGUAAUGGAGCAACUUGAUGAUAUCAGAACGAGUGUACUUGCCAAUAAGAGCUGCCAGCUUCUUACUGAAAGGAUGCAUUGCGCCAUUGCGGUUUAUGGUCACCAACCAACAACCAGCAGCCAUAACAUCAAUAUGCUCCUGAUCCUCAAAAGUCAGCUCAGUUACCUCCUCCUGCUGCUGCUGCCCAUGAGACAUCUUGCUCUUUACAUCUUUGUUGUAUUCACGCAACUCCUCGAAAAAAGGGUGCAUAGCAUCUAUACCGAUGCCAAGAUAACCAAGACUCUUAUAGAUAGCCUGUAUUUUUGGUAUCGUAGAUGAUCCAAAAGAUUUAAUGAUGUCAUCCUUGAAAAUGGAGGUCAGCUUCAUUUUAGCCACGCUCUUCCCUCAGAGGUUAACAGAGCUGCAUGAUAGCAAGCCGGGAUUUCAUGCAGUGCUCCCACAUCCAGCACGUUCAGCAAAUGAGAGACAUCUAGAGAAAGAUCAGAGAUGAUAUUAUCUUCGUAGACUUGUUUCAUUAGGCUCUCAAACAGUUUCUUCACUUGCUUGAAACCUAUAAACUCUAACUUGUCCUUCCCUGAUAUUUUAUCAUGUAGUGGCUCGUUGAUGCGGAAUGUACCAUGCAGAGUUGAGACUCCGAGGUUUCCCUCGACUAGCGCAGGUGCAAUACAAUAACCAUGCUGCCUGUUCCUGGAGACUAGUUUUAUGGCAGACCUCCACAAUUUUUGGCAUUCAUAUUGCAUAAUCAAUGGCUUGCCGUCAUAAUUAUUAAUCAAGAAGUUGCUUACUGUACCAACAGCCGGUAUUCUCUUUAGAUAAGGGACCGGGUCUUCCCAGCUGGUCAACUUGACGUCUUCUGGAUCAUAGAAGCUGCAACAGCAACAACAUUAUACGUAGUAUGGUUACUACGGUAAGACAGGCACGCUAGGAUGUUCAUAUGGUUACUUCAGGAUAUGCUAGGGGAUUCGAUUUCAAUUUUUUACACUGAUCAAAAUGAGCACAAUAACAUAAGCUAAAUUCCGUUUCACGGAGAUCAGGCAUUUACCUGAGUUGCGUAAGGACGGGAAGCUUCGGCCCCUGCUGGAUGGGCUCCUUCCCCCCCCCCCCCCACAUGUUCGUGGAAUAUGGAAAGUAAAGCCCCUCUAGCAUGCGCGGCAGGAUGAUCUUGGUGUUGGCCGGUCGAAUGACCUUGGUCUGGAUGGGUCCCAGCUGUGACGUGGUGGAAAGGCACCUGGUGCUCUUGGCCACGGCGGCGGCGCAGCGAGUGGUGGGUACCGGAUUGAAGGGUGCGGAGAACACCUCCAGCCCCAUGGAACGAGCCAAGAACGAGAGUCUCCUCAACCCGAUCAUGUCGGCGUUGGGGCGGUGAUUGAUCGGCGGCUGGAAAGGCGGCGAGAGGUGGGUGGAGUUAGGCAACGGCAGUGGGUGAGAGGUGGGCGGCGGCGGGUGAAAGGGUUAAGAGUUUGCGCGGAGUUCGUUGCAGCGAGGAGUGGGUGGUGUCUUUGGUGAGCCGUGAGUCCAGGAUAGAUGGACGACGACGACGGGUGGUGUAGUAGGAUUGGGCCCUAGCACGGCCCAGUCCAAUUAGUAUUAUUACACCACCAUAUAGAAUAUAUGAAUCUCGCAUGAAUGAGUAAAAUUUCAACACAGGUCAUUGAAAAGGUGAACCAUACUUUUUGCUUCUUAACCCUUUUUCCAAAAGAAUUUCAUAUUCAGAACUCUGGAGAAAGUUUGGCGUUUCUGGACCUAGGGGGUCGGCGCCAUGGCUCGUGGCACCGAGGUAACACGCCAGCCCUUUUCCACCGCAUCGCAGCCGGGACCUGUCCAGACCAAGGUCAUUCGGCCGGCCGACACCAAGAUCAUCCUGCGGCGCAUGCCAGAGAGGCUUUACUUUCUAUAUUCCACGAACACGUGGGAAGGCAAGGAGCCCAUCCAGCAGGGGCCGAAGCUUCGUGUCCUUACGCAACUUAGGUAAAUGCCUGAUCUCCGUGAAACGGAAUUUAGCUUAUAUUAUUGUGCUCAUUUUGAUCAGUGUAAAAAAUUGAAAUCGAAUCCUCUAGCAUAUCCUGAAGUAACCAUGUGGACAUCCUAGCAUGUCUGUCUUACCGUAGUAACCAUACUACCUAUAAUGUUGCUGUUGCAGCUUCUAUGAUCCAAAAGAUGUCAAGUUGACCAGCUGGGAAGACCCGGUCCCUUAUUAGAAGAGAAUACAGGUUGUGAUACAUUAAGCAA